AUGAUCAUACAACUAUUUGCUCUUUCUAUUGUUCUAGUAAGUGGAACUGAGUGCAUUUUAUAAAGAUAAUUAUGCUAAAACAUCUAAACGAAAAUAUAAUGUGAUAAUACUGACAAUCCAUUUGCAAAAUGUGAGUGGAAUAACACUUGCAAAAGUAGAUCUUAUGAUUCUUGUUAUUAAUUCUUCACAGAACAGGAUUGUUUAAGAGAUAAUAAUAAAUAUAGAAAGUUUAUGUGUUAUUGGAAGGGAGGAGAAUGCAUGAAGAGAGUUCAAAAUUAAGAUAUAUAUGGAGAGAGAACUAAAGAUUUAAAAUGUGAAGAUAUAGAUAAUUAUUCUGAAUGUAGAGAUUAAAGAGGAGAACCAUUACUUUGUGCAUGGUAUCAUAAUCACUGUUAAGCUAUAGAGAAAUGUUCUCAAAUUAAUGACUUCAAAUAAUGCAGAAAUGCCAGAACGAGAGACAGGUAUUCAAAUUUAUAUUAAAUUAAAGAUGCCAAUUUGUAGUUAAUAAUGUAGCCUCCGAUUAAGAAAAAGAGAAUAUGUAUUCUACUAAUAUUUUCGAUUUUACAAGUUGUAGAAGUUAGGAUUGCUAAUUUAAUACACAUUCUGAUUGUCCUACAUUUAGAAAUGGAAGACGAUGUUUCUUAAAAAAAGGAAAAUGCACUCAAUGUUCCUACUUUACCAAUCCAAAUGAUUGUAUAGCUACCAAUAAAUGUACUUGGUAGAAUUCGCAGUGUUCGAACAUAAUGUAAGUUUUGUUCUCUAAUGUUUAAGGUGUUCUUAAAUCACAAGUAAAAGAUUAUGCAAUUAAUACAAUUAUUGUCAAUAUGACUUUACUACUCAAAGGUGUUAACAAAGCAAUUAAAUUCCACUAAGUCAUUGCUACACCCUUGACAUUAGUUCUGAUCCAAUAUAAAAAAAAUACAACAGUUUUAUAUGA